AUGUCUACUUCUCUGAAUCUAUUUUUCGAGCCUAAUCAAAAGCCCAAGAAGCGCGUCUAUCACAAACUGAACGACCGCGGCGACAAGACCAAAUCCUUCGAUCUCGACACAAUCCUCGGUGUCGAUAACGGCAAGCCUCGCUGGGGCGCAAAGGGCAUCUGUGGUCUGUUGGGAGAUGUACAGCUGAAGGGCAGCAACCUGAAGGCUCAGCUCUUUAUUGGCUCGACUGGAGAUAGGCCCGAGCGAUGGAUUCCGGUCGAGUUUGACCUGAGCCAGCACAUCAAGCUCGCGGAUACUAACGGCAAGACUGUACUCGAGUCGUAUGGCCUUCCCACGAUCCCUCAAGAGCAGAUCGACGCCCUUCAGCAGCAAAACAAAAUGUUGCUCGGUGAACUCGAUGCGGAGAUCAUGGUCACGGAAGCGGCCAAGAAAGCAGCAGCUGAACGCACUAAAGUCGCCGACGAGGUUAUCAAGGCAUCCGAGGAGUCCGAGAAAGAGAAAGCAAAAUGGCGAGCUGAUAACAAGGAGCACGACGACCGACUUGCGGAAGAUGCUGCGCACCGGGAUCGUCGCCACAAGGAGCAUCAGCAAGAGGUUCAAGGAGACAUGGCUAUCAGCGGCGUUCUUCAUCGAGCUCGUGAAGAGGAGCUUCAGCGGCGGGCUGUCGAUGUCAAGCAUGAAGCAGACGAGAUGGAGCGACUUGCCAAGAAGAAAACCGUGGAAGAGCAAGAUGUGGAGCUUGAGAUUGCUGCCAGUCGCCUUUCCAUCGAGCAGCAACUCUCCUUGGCUCAGAAGGAGAUCGCGGAGCAAGCGAGCUCAAUCAGCGCGCGUCAAGUGUACCUCAGCAAGACCUACGCCGAUCACGCAUGGCUCAACGGCGAGAUAAAGGAACGCGACCUCAAGAUGUCUCUGAUGUUCCAAGAGAACUCAGAGCUAUACCGCGAGCUCAGCCAGUCCCAUGACCGCUUCUCCGUCGCGGACAAACAGCGACUUGUCAUGACUCAGGAAGAGAAGCGUAUUCUCUCCUCUCUUUCGCGCCUCGAGGAGGACUGCAAGAGGGCCGCGAUCGAGCUUGCCGCAGCGGAGACGGAGUUCCGGCUUGGGGAACGAGAGGUCAAGAAGACAUCGGCCGAGAAGUCUCGUUUCGAGAGCAAGUGUACUACUCUGGAGGGCGAGAUGGAGUGGUUGCAGAAGGAGAACUUGGUGCUGAAAGCUGCCACCGUCGACCUGAGAGCCGAGCAUCACGCGCUCAACUCGAAAUUCCAUAGGGCGGAGACAACAAUCGCCGGCAACAAGAGGAUUAUCGAGCAUUCCGAGACUUGGAAGGCUUUCUACGAAAAAGAAGUGGAGUCGGUAAUGAGGGAGAUUAGCGAAGUCAGCGCGGCGAUGAGCAUUCUCGAAAUCCGCUAUCAGGAGACAGCCCAGGCAUUCAGGAUCGCCCACCUCGAGAAGGAGAAGUUGCAAGCUGAGCUUGUCAACCUGAAGUACUCGAAGACUGCUUCCGAAUCCCGUAUCCUUGUGGUGGAGCAGACACUUCAGGUGACGAAGACCGAGCUCUCCCAACUGUCCAAGUCUUUUGAGGAAAAAGAAAAUGAGCUGCGGGCCAUGGCAGCCGUCAGGACUGUCCUAGAGCGCCGUCUCACCGAGCUCAGCCUCUCACACACGCGCGAACGCAACGUUACACGGAGCGUCUCCGAACGCCUGUUUCAAGUUCAGGGUAGUGUGGCCGAGGACGUCGACUGGAUGUACGAUAUCCGUGAUGAUCUUACAGAGGAGUCCAAGUACCUCUACCUGCACCAUCUUCAUCGCGCUGCAACAGGACCAGGUGGCGCAGUCAUCGAGGGCGAGCUUGACCAAUCGGGUCUCUCACGCCUACCAAGCUACCGCAGUGCUCUCAACAGCCCAGCUGGAAACCCUGAUAAGACUGUUGUACCAGAGAUCGUCGCUGAUGCUGUCGCACCCGAGCUGAAAAUCGCCGAAAUCGCCGCCAUCUCGGACGUCAAGUUUUUCCCCGCACCCGCAGUCUCCAGUCCCAACGAUUUUCAAGCGGCCGCGGUACCAGUCAUUCCCAACCCUGCUCCCAUCCUCGCAUAAG